UCUCCAUGAUCUAGAAAUUUAAUUUGUUAUUUUCUUGGUUACAGGGAGAAAAAAAUGAAAAUUCAGGAUAUUAAAAAUAAUAUUAAAGAAGCUAUAGAGACAAUAGUGACAGCAAUGGGAAACCUGGCACCUCCAGUUGAACUAGCCAAUCCAGAGAAUCAGUUUCGAAUUGACUAUAUAUUAAACUUAGCAAGCCAGAUAGAUUUUGACUUCCCACCAGAGUUCUAUGAACAUACAAAAACACUUUGGCAAGAUGAAGGUGUGAAAGCCUGCUACGAGAGAUCUAAUGAAUAUCAGUUGAUCGAUUGUGCACAGUAUUUUCUAGACAAGAUUGACAUAGUCAAGCAAAAUGAAUACACACCGUCUGACCAGGACCUUCUUAGAUGCAGAGUUCUGACAUCAGGAAUAUUUGAAACCAAGUUUCAGGUGGACAAAGUAAACUUCCACAUGUUUGAUGUUGGCGGGCAAAGAGAUGAACGCCGAAAAUGGAUCCAGUGUUUUAAUGAUGUGACUGCUAUCAUAUUUGUGGUGGCCAGCAGUAGCUACAAUAUGGUUAUACGAGAGGACAAUCAGACCAACCGGCUUCAAGAAGCAUUAAACCUUUUCAAGAGUAUCUGGAACAACAGGUGGCUACGGACCAUUUCAGUAAUUCUUUUCCUGAACAAGCAGGAUUUGCUAGCAGAGAAGGUUUUGGCAGGGAAAUCUAAGAUUGAAGACUACUUUCCAGAAUUCGAUCGCUACACUACACCAGAUGAUGCAGCAAUACCGGAACCUGGUGAGGAUCCUAGAGUUACAAGGGCCAAGUAUUUUAUUAGAGAUGAAUUUCUUAGAAUCAGCACAGCAAGUGGAGAUGGAAGACACUACUGCUACCCUCACUUCACCUGUGCAGUGGAUACAGAAAACAUCCGGAGGGUUUUCAAUGACUGUCGGGACAUUAUCCAACGGAUGCACCUUCGUCAAUAUGAGUUAUUGUGAUGGAGAGCACUUUUUCUCUGUUUUGGACUCCUUAUUCCUUAUUAAAAAGAAAAAAAAACCUUGCCCACAUAGGGUGGAAGAAAAACUGUUGCAAUCUCCCUCUGAUUUGCAUCCCUCAACCUUUUCUCCUUGCUGGACAAAUAGCAGCACUUCUAAGCUUGCUUGUUUCACCCCCUUGGAACAGUUUGAGACGGCCCAUGAAAUGUAAAAGGCCAUUUCUGCGAGCAGGGGCGGGAGGGAGGGGGGCGUUUUUUUCCCUCUUAACACUGUCAUUAACAAAAUAAUAAUAAUAAUAAAUAACACCCUGAAAGUGGAACACCUGAGAGGAUUUGGGAUUAAAGUUAAAUAUUAAAAAAGCAAACAAACAAAAGAGAAAAUGGGAGAGAGAACUUUAGGUAAUUAGCACUGUUUGUGGGCAUAAUCCUAUAUCCCAUGAUUUCAACUUUGUUAUCCAUUCACUGCAUCAGACUCAAGAAGGUGCCAAGUCACAGACCAAGUUGAAAGGACAGGCGCUUGAGUUUGGUUCUCUGCCUCUGAAUGUGACUUUUGAGCGGAAAUACUGACAAUUCUACAGCAGAUCUAGACAGUAGAAAACCAACUGCUACCUUCAGAAAGGUGUUGUUGAACCAUGGCGGUCCUCUGGUGACUGGGGACGUUGCUAAAUGAACUGCAUUAUGGCCUGUGAUUGCAGAAAGAGUUAACCACACACUGUUUUUUCAGUUUGUCCACUGAUGAUCCUGUCUGCUAUAUAGAUAUAUAUAUAUAUACAUAUAUAUAUAAAUCAUUAUCUGGACUGUCGUCCUCACAAUCUCCCCUUCUUUCUUUCUCUCUCCCCUUCUCCUUCUAUUGCCUUCCCGUAACCUCUCUUCCCAAUUUUUAUUUUACUGCUGGAUUAUUAUUCUUGUACAGACUGUAAAAUGUAUUAUUUUGUACAACUUUAUUGAAGAAAAAAAUAACUUGUAGAAGAUCUUUGUGCCUUGAUUAUGGCUGUACCCGUGCAAUGAGCUAAGAUGUAAGUAUGUUUGAUUGCGCUGUACAGCUUUGUCAACCCUAUCUGCAGCAGUUGCUCAAGGUAGGGAAAAUUUAUCUGUAGUUUAGGGUUUUUUUCUGGUUUAUAAAAGGAGGAGGGGAAAAAAAUACUGUUUAGUAUUAAAAAAAAAAAAAGUACAAAUCGUGCAAACGUAACCACUUUAAAAGUGAGGUCUACAACAAGUGACCAGAUGUUGCAGCAUCAUGCUUUUUAAUUUUUAGCUUUAACUCAUUUAAAUCUCUAUCCAAAUGCAAAACAUGGCUUGUUUCUACAUAAACCAAAUUUUGCUACAAAUUAUAAAUGUUAGUCUUUGUCAUUCAUAGUCUUUUUUUUGUGCAAAAGGACAAAAACAGAACAAAAAAAAGCAAACACAUAGGCAUUGCACAGGCCUGGUGGCCAUCUCUGUGCCAGUCACAUGCUUUUCCACCACCACUAUUUCUGCGUGGGCAUAAGACUCCCAUAAUUGCAACGUAAUUACCUUGCCCCUGGAUUUGGCCACUCGAUUUCAGUUUCAAACGACAUUUUAUUUCUCUUUUAAUAAAGAGAGACUUUAAAUUUUUGUUUUAUAUUAACUAUAUAAGUAGCUUAAAGUUGAGGAGUGUGGAUUUUUUUUUCUUAAACUUGAAUAAUUUAUGCAAAUCAUAUGCUUAGAACAACAUGUGGUACAGUUUUUUUAACAAAGAGCAAAAAUCACUGUAGCAAUAAGAGAGCAUGUAAUUUUAGUAACUACACCGCUUUAUAUUUUAUACUUAGGUGUUUUAUGUCUUUGUGAGAGUAUUACUUUUUCAUGUGUCUGAACCUACAUGUACAAAUUUGUACAAAGUCUAAAAUUACCGCUGUACAUCUAGAUCAACUACAUUAACUCAAGCCACCCCUUUGCCCCACCCUGAAAAAUGGGGCGAGGGGGAAAUCUAGAUUCCAAUACAUCGAUUAUUUUUUUAAUUGCCUUUUUUACACAUUAGCUUAUCUUACACCCACCAGACAUGACAUUAGUUUCUCUCUUGGGAAGAAGUCCCACUUUAGAAGCUGUGCUGUGGCCAAUAAUUUCUACAAGUGCCAGAAACCUUAACGUUAAGAACCACAGGUGUUGAGGAUCGUGACAAGGACAGGUGUAAUUAAUUCUCUAGUGGGGGGGGGAUUCCCUGUCUCCUUUAAUAUACGCAGAAUAGGUAUGAACCAUUCACCCAGGUAGAACAAAAACAAUUGCAUUGUUCACUGCAAAACACACACACACACACUUCAAUGCUGUGAAAGUGAGGGGGCGAAGACAAGAACAUGCCAUUGAGACUUUCUUCCCGUUUCCCAUUGCUGCAGUGUCCUGAUGAGAGCCAAGCCCUGUCUGAUAUUUUUUUUAAAAAAACUAGCUUGCCUCAUCAGUUGUGGGGACUGCAGUUGUGCGAAGCAACUGAGGAAGCCCUAGCUGUGUCCGCAAUUCCCUCAGGCUCCCAUAAUAGCUCCUUUGGAUAGCAGCCUGGGCCUGCGGUGUAGCCAAUUCAAAUUUAGCAGACGGUCCGUUUUAACGUAGUAGGAUGAGCUGCCUUGUGAACGUUUGCGAUCCGUUGCAAAGCCUGUUCCAGAAACACACCUUUGCCAGUAUAAGACUUAGCUAGUGCCUGAUGGGAUUCCAUAGAGCAGAACACACACACACACACACACACUUUAAAAUGUGAGCCUUAAUUUUUGCUAUAAAAGUAAAAAAACAAAAAACCUAAGUUUAGUGCCAAACCUAUUUUUAUUACCUCUUAAACCUGGGGGGGUGGAGGGGGGGAGAUAAUACAAGAAACAAAUCAGUAAGGAUAGAAACUAUUUGCAAAGAAUGAACUGAGAAAAACAAAAGCAUCGCCUUUUAUUAAACAGUAGCAAAGACCCCCUUCCAUUGGUGAAGAGAUUAAGCAAGCAUAUGUAACAAAGGGCGUGUGUGCAUGCCAUACACGGGCACACACGCCGUUUAAAAUACACCACCUAUAAAGCUUUAUAUGAAUGGAAAUGUUUGAGAUCCUUUUUUUAAGUUGGGUGGGUGAAGGGAGUGUUUUGGAACCAGUUUUGGCUGCAAAUGAAUGGAGAGCGGUGCGUGCGUGCGUGUGUGUGUGUGUGUCUCAUCUCAGUAUUGCCUCUUGUUAGUCUGUCUCUUUUAAGUUUUUGCAGUUUGGUGGUCUGGUAAAUGCAAGUCUUAUUUUAACAGCUUCUUCUCUUUGUUUUGUUUUUAUUUUUAAUACAAAAAAACCCAUAAAGCUUUGAUGCUUGCUAUUUAAUUCUGUGUUUUCUUCUGUCUCUAAUUUAGCUGACUUAAUUUUGCAGUCGUUUGAACCAUUCCAACCUAAUGCUCAUCUUUCCCUUGGACUUUAUUUUUUUCUAUUUAUUUGUUGGAGCCUCCUGUUCAAAUAAUAAUCAGGAUUGAGGAUUCUGGAUUUGCAUCUGU